AUGGGCAUCACCAUCGGCCUGGUUCUGACGGGUGUCUCCUACAGGUUUGGAACCAUCUGCCAUAUUAACCAUGACCACAGCAUCGCAGACUUCUGGGGACCCAUCCUGUCCAUCUCCGGUGCAUCGAUGCUUGUCCAUCUCAUCACCUUGCUCUACUGCAUGCAGGUUUAUAUUCGAUCAGUGUUUGAAGAAAAACCGCCCACAGACACGAGCUCUGCGUUCCCGUCAUACACCGGCAGCGUAACGACUCUCACCUACCGCGCGACCUUCAAGCGUGUCAAACAUGUCAUCAAAAUGCAAUGGAGAGGCAUUGCCGUCGUCCUGGUCGUCAUGACAUACGCCAUCUUCUUCACCCUCGUCUUCAUCAGUCUCGAUCGAUCCGUCGAGAAGACCCCGGAAAAUAUCGAUCGGGCUCACCCCUGGCUUGUCUGCAUUGUCCUGACGAACGGCAACGUCAAGAAGUGCCUCCCCGAGAGCCAGAUGAGCCUGGGCGGUCCCUCCGAAGGCCUGGUACUGACCGUUCUGCUCCUGCUGCCCUGUUGCGGCUUCUGGUCGGUGCUGCUCCUGGGCCGCGUCUCCAUGAUCCCCGGCUGGGUGCAAUUCUUCAGGAGCAAAUUUCAGCCCAAACAGGAGUUUCCGCCCCGGGGGAUCACGCCAAACAAGGACUAUGCGAUGCUGAGCUCCUCGUCUCGGUACAACAACACCAAGUCGCCCGAUCCUUUGCUUUCCAUGUCCCGCCAGUCAGACCUAUCCAUGACCACCUUCAAGGUAUCCGGGGCAAAGGAAAGCGUAGACUGCACCAGGGACGAAAUCAAGUACCCGAACCCUGCCAUGAGCUUCUCUAGGCCUCGCCCACCCAGCGCUCAGCGAGCCGAGCCAAACGUACGAGACUGGGAUCCGCAAUCGACUUUUGCCCCAGGCGCUGCUGCUGCCCGAACUCGAGGCUAUCAACCUUCCGAAAGCCGCUGCUCUGACCGAAACGUAUAA